GGUGAUGGUGUGUGUGGGUUAAAGGUGAUAGGGGUGCAUGGGUUGGUGGUGGUGAUGGGCGUGUUGGUGUGGACUUGUAGUGAUGGGGGUGCGUGGGAUUAUGGUGAUGGGUAUAUUGGUGUGGACUGGAGAUGAUGGGAUGUGUGGAUAUCUGGGUGGUGAUGGGACCUACCUGUUAGUGACUACGAGUAGGGUUGAGAUCUAGCUCUUUAUGCCCCGCCUAUAAGUCUUGUUGUAUAUGUUGCGUCAGAACUUAGCUACUCUGACGUUCAAAUUUCUUAUCUAAUUUGGCUUUAAUUUAAAGUUGUGGAAGGAAUUGGCAUCCACAACUUCUUCUUUCAGUGCACUGUACUUGUUGACCACCCGUACAAGGUACGGGUAUUUCCUUAAAUUUCUUCGGCAAAUUCCUACUUCCAGCUGUCUUCUUGUCCUAAUUUCUCUCCGUUUUAAGACGCUGUUCUUGUCCAUCAUGAAUAUUUCCCCCUCAGUAUGUUGUAUGUUGUGAUUAUGUCCCCCUCUAUUUCUUCUAUCCUCUAGAGCUGUGCUUGUGGCGAUGGGGUGUUUAGGUGAGUUGAUGGUAAUGGGGGUGUUGGUGGUGAUGGGUUAUGGGUUAUGUUAAUGUGUUGGUAGUUAUGGUUUGUAUGAAUGUGAUAUCUGCCCAAUCUUCUCUAUAUGUAUGACUUCCCGUUGAUCACGCCGCAAGCCUAAACGUUUCGCACCAGACUCCCAUAAACACGAAACGUUUAGACAAGGAUGGGGUGGUGUUGAUCAUGCAGUCAAACGUAUUCAGUAGCCCAAUGUGCUUAUUGCAGUGGACCUUCACCACCUGCUUGGUACUUAGAGCAGUGGUGUGUACAGCUGUGCUUCCCUAGUUGACAGUCAAGCGUUAAUAAUCAAUUCGUGCUUUGUAAAUAAGAAAAACGUGUAAAGGAGUAUAAUUUUAGUGUGAUACUUGUACAGAAGUCACGUCAGCAGUGUCCCUCCUUAACUGGAAGUGUUUUUGUGCGCAUAAUGUUAUCAAGAAGAGUAAACAAUGAGAGAAAAACAUACAACACCAGAGAAAAGUCCCGGACUCUGAAUCCUGUAGAUAAAAGUGAUAGAGUGAGCAGGGAGCCAGGGGAGCCAGCGGGCGAGGCUUCACGCUGUACCAGGCGACCGUCACAGCCUCGCACAGCUCGACACAAAGAUGUGGGGCUGACGAUAGACGAGGCUAGAAGUCCCUCAGCACUGGUCACCAGCGCCCCAGCACCGCCUACAUCCCCGCCUGAGCCACCACAUAAGAAACUUAAGGUUUACCAGAGGGAGCAGCCCUUCGACGACCCGGAGUUGGAGAGGAGGAGGGUCAAUGCCAUCCUCGCUAAGAAGAACAGGGAUUUGAAGAAAAAACAGAUCCGGGAUCUUGAGGAGAAGGUUGAGAAGCUGCGUCGCGUCAACAUCCAGUGCAACAAAGCUCUACGGAGGACUAACAAAGAUGUCCAGCAGCUGCGAGUGGAGCUUCAGAGCUCGACUACAGCGAAGAAGAACCUGGAGGAGAGGCUCGUCAGCAAGGAAAACUCCAUUAGGGAACAGCGAGAGAAACUCACGCUGUUCAGGGAGCACCUCGACCUCAUCACCAGCAGCCUCGACGACGACAAUCCUGCCAAGAAGCUCGUCUAUGCCUUGUUAAAGAGACUUCCGAGUAACACUUCGCUUGCAGCUGCGGCAGCUGGCACCGCGGCUGCUGCUGGCACCGCGUCUGCUCCUGGCACCGUGUCUGCUGGUACCGCAUCUAAUGCUGAUAGUACCGCGUCUGCUACUGCUGCUUCCACCAACGUCAUUGUGAGGCAGAGAGAUAGCUGACGUUAGUGUACCACCGGGAGGUCGCGACUCGUGUCUUGCUCUGCAUCACCAGUGUCAGUGAAGCUUAGCAACACUUGUCCGGUGAACCUCCUGGAUGUCUGCCCUGGGAACACUAUGCUUGCGACACACCUCGUCAUGACAGCUUCAAGUUUUAGUUUAGUAACUUAUUAUACACCCCAUACCCAUCCUUUUGAGCAGUAGUGGAAUAGCUUACAGACACACAUAUUAGGCACAAGAACUGAACUCCAAAGUUCAUUUAGGUAAGCACAUUACGAUAUUGAUGCGCUAGUUACCUAGUUCCUUAAGUUAUUUUUCAACAGUGUAUUCACAAUUUAUCAAACUAAUGUGAAUGUAACCGCAAGCGCUCUAGUGAGUUUACUUAGCUUAUUAUUGGCCCCAUUUCCAGCAUGUGGGUUCAAGCACUUGACUACAAUGAUCCAAAUGUUAAGCAAUUUACAUUUGUUGUAAGUAAUUUAUAUCAAGAAGAGAGAAUGUCUGCCCAGGGUUGGAGACUAAACGCUUGGGGCUAGACUUAUUCAACUGACACACGUGAAGCGUAUGGGAGUGCCACAGGUCAGUUGGGGUCGGCUCCAGUGCCACACUUUAAGAAAUAUUGACAUUUAAUCCUACCCCCCCCCCCUCCCCCAUCUGUGUGAUUAAGUCUGAUAUAUUGUUUGUAUUAUCCAUAGACUUAAUUUCAUUCUUCGUUAUUAUUAUUUUUUGUAAGAGAAAGAGUUGAGAAGGAGGGAUGUUUGAAGAGAGAGGAGGGGAGAGGGGAUGUUGAAAAAAAGAGGGCGAGAAAGGAGAUGGAAAAAUUGGGAGAAGGGGAUGGGGAUAUUAGGGGAACGGUAGAGAAGGGGGAUUAGGGAAGGGAAGAGAGAGAGAGGUCCGCGUGCAGCCGGAUGCCCUGCUGGUAAAAGUGUUGUUGCAUCCCCUUCUCAGGAAGCGGCUGACCUCUUGGCCUAGCCUCCAUAUACCUCGAUCCAGAGAGGAAAUGCUCACUGCAUCCAUGGUUCCUGCCCGCCAUCUGAGGAGCUGGAGGAGCUCUUCAACUUGUGACAAGUAGCCUUGUACCUUGUAUGUAACCAAUGUUGUAGCCAU